AAAAGGUAGUGGUAAGAAAGGUGCCAUUUUUAAGGGAGCAAAGCGAGGCAAAAAGAUGGUUUCUCCUCAACAAGAUGAGGAUGAAGAAGAUGACGUUCCUCAAGCACAUCCAGGAUACCGACUGAUGCUUGUGCCUCCUGCGGGUAUUCCUACACUGCUAGGGCGAUGAUCAUCUGUCUUCCUUAGAACUACGUCGUACUGGUCAAUUUUCCCACCUCAUGAAUGAUCCCAUAAGAAUUACCACUGACUUAAACUACAACCACAGGUGUAGAACCAGUAACUCCUGAUCUCGUGGCGCAGGCAUUUAACGUGGCACUAUCGCAGAUCGGUAUAGAUGGGGAAGCAGAAGUAGACUCCAUCCCUGAGGAGAACUUGGUUAUGAACUUGCUAUUACUUGUUCUGGAUAACAAGGCUUCUCAUACACACUGCAUAUUGAACUAGAUCCCCAUCGAUCACGACCACUGAGAGAAUGGUGAGCUCGAGAAUGACAAAAGGGGGGUCAGUUGUAGAGUAAACACCGACGAGACGUCGACAUUUGCCGACUUCUUAUACCAUAGUACUACUACAAGUACAACGUGAAAUAUAUCUACUUUACUGCCACUCCUCCUCUCUGUUCUUGUUCGCUUCUAACCUCAGCCCUCACCUAGACACCGACCUUACAGAAGAUGCGACGGAGGCCGAAAGAGAACGCGCACAGGCUUUUCACGUUGCCUUAGUCGAAGCAGAGCACAAGGCAGACCCAGAGGCUAGAAUGAGGGAACAGGAAGGCCUCCAGGUCUACGUCAUGGUCGACGAGCCGAGCGGAGACAAAUAUUGGAUGGAUGAACUCGUUGUGGAGUACUUGCUUCUUCGUCAAGCUUUUCUUACCUACAUGUUUGCUAAGUAUCUAUCAUCUAGUGGGGUUUAAGUAUCUUCUAGUGGAAGUAAAUCUAGAUCUAAAUGAUCAUCUAUCAUUACAACUAUUCGACUUCAUCUGCCAUCAACUCAUAGCAGCUGCUAUCUUCUUUCUCAACAACUCUUCAGGCACUUGAAGCAAAACUUUGGUGCUAUAACGCACGUCUCGAUUAGUGAGACGGAGAUCUCGACGGUCGUAGGGGCCGAAGCGGGUAUGUCCGCCAGCUCCACAAGCACGGCAUCUCGAGGUAAAGGCAGUAAAAAACCAGGGAGAGCAGAGGGAGAAGCGGCACCUCCCGACGCGGCAUAUUAUGGUGGACAAGAUGGUUAUUAUGACCAGAGUGGAGGUGCUGACUACGGCUAUGACGGUGGC